AUGGCUACUAGUGAAACCUUCAAUGAGAGACGGCAAAAUCUUCUUCCAAACGAAGUUUCUAAUAACAAAGAAAAUAUUCAAUUAAUUUGGCUUGAUGGAAAUCUGAAUGAUUCUAAUGAUUAUCUUGUCACUCAAUCUAUGUUAAUUGAACUCAAUCCACCUGUUCAGUUUUAUUCUAAUUUUGAUCGAUGUCUCGAUUUAAUCAAAUCAAUCAAAGAUGAACAAAUCUUUCUUAUUGUUUCAGGUGCUUUUGCUCAACAUAUACUUUUACAAAGUCAUCGUUAUCGAUCUUUGGUUGCUAUAUUUAUUUUUUGUUCUGACGAUCAACAUGAUAAACCAUUGAUGCAAGAAUAUAAUAAAAUUAUUGGAAUAUUUACUGAUCAACAUGAUUUAUUAGAAUCAAUUAAAGAAAAAAUGAAUCUAGUUGAAAAACAAACAUUAACAUUUAGUUUUUUUGAUCAAAAACAAAAGUCAUCAAAAGAUUUACCACAAGGAUCAGCAUCAUUUCUAUUACAUCAAAUGUUAAUUUAUGUUCUUAAACAAAUAUCACAAGAUGAACAAUCAAAAAAAGAAAUGCUCGAUAUGUGCCGUGAUUAUUAUAAAAAUAAUAAACAAGAAUUAAAGAAGAUUGAAGAAUUUCAAAAUACUUAUACUCGUGACAAAGCAAUUGAAUGGUAUACUGAUGAAUGUUUUCUUUAUAAACUAUUAAAUAAAGCAUUUCGAACUGAAGAUAUUGAAUUACUCUUUACUUUCCGAUUCUUUAUUACUGAUUUAUGUUCAGUUAUUGAAAAAGAAAAUCAACUUUUGAAAAAUAAUGGAACAUUAACUUUGUAUCGUGGAACACAGAUUCCAAAAGAAGAAUUUGAAAAAAUAAAAGAAAAUAUUGGUAAAAUUAUUUCAACAAAUGGAUUUUUAUUAACAUCACGAAAUAUCAAUGUAUCGCUUCAAUUUAUUCAUAACAAUAAGAAAUUAAAUGAUUUUACAUCAGUUUUAUUUGAAAUUAAAAUAAAUCCAUUAUUGAAAACAGUGAUAUUUGCUGAUGUUGGAAAUAAAAGUCGAAAAGAAGAUGAAGAAGAAGUUCUAUUCAAUAUCAAUUCACUCUUUAAGAUUGUUUCUGUUUGUUUUGAUUCAAAACUUACUGUAUGGAAAGUUGAAUUGAAUGCAACUGAUGAAGGUACGGAAAAAGUUGAAGAAUACCUUUCAUUACCGAAACAACAGAUGGAAGAAUACACACCACUUAUUCAUUUGGGUAGACUUCUCUUGAAUGAAUUAGGUCAAGUGGAUCGUGCAGGAAAAUAUUUUAAUAUGUUACUGAAAGCACUUCCACAAGAUCAUUCUGAUAUUGCAGCUGUUUAUAAUAAUAUUGGUAUAGUACAUAAAAGGAGAGAUGAAUUGAAUUUGGCAUUGAAAAACUUAGAGAUAGCUUAUAAAAUACGUCGAAAACAACUACCUUCAAAUCAUCCUCAUAUUGCUGGUUCACUCAACAAUAUUGGUCUUGUUUAUAAAGAAAAAGGUGAUUUCAAUAGAGCACUCGAUUAUUUUCAACAGGCUUUGAGAAUUUUCGAAAACUUAUAUCCUGAUAAUUAUCUACAAAAAGGAAAGGCAAUCGAAAUCGUUGGGAGAGUAUACAGGGAAAAAGAAGAGUUUGAUACGGCUCUUACUUAUUUGUCUCGUGCUCUCGAGAUGUACAAACAUGUUCUCCCUGAUCAACACUCUGAGAUAGCACGAUGUCUGGGUACAAUAGGAUAUACUCAUGAGAAGAAAGAUAAUUUAGAUAUUGCUCUGGAUUAUUAUCAACAACAAUUAAAUAUGGAAGAACAAUGUUUACCUUUCGAGCAUUCAGAUCUUUUAAAUCAUCUCGGCUGGAUCACCGAUACUUAUAAAACGAUGAAUGAGAUUGACAAAGCUUUAGACUUGUGUCAACAAAAACGUCUUAUUCAAAAAACGAGAUUAGGUGAAUAUCAUCCUCGUAUUGCUCAAACAUUAAUGAUCAUGGCUGGUUUAAUUGAGAGCGACAAUUCAAACGAAGCAUUACAAUACUAUGAACAAGCUCUGUCUGUAUUGGAGAAUUGCACACCAUCUGAUUAUCAAGUCACUUCUGAAUGUUUGACACCAAUGUCUUGUUUAUAUUUCAAUUGUGAUAGAAGAGAAGAUGCAUUACGAUGUGAACUUAAAGCACUGGAACUUAAUCGCCAAAUAUUGUCUUCUGAUCACAUUAACAUCGCAAACAGAUUAAGAAAUAUUGGUCUAGAUUAUGAAGAAAUGAACAACUUAUCCGAAGCACUUCGUUAUUUCAAUGAAAGUCUUUCGAUCUAUCAAGCUAAUUAUGGACUAGAACAUGAAAUGGUGAAGAGAGGUGAAGCAGACAUUGCUAUAUUGAAAGAGAAACAAGUGUCGUUAUCAUAUCAUAAAGAAGAAAAAAAUUCAAGCAAUAAAGCAUCAUCUACUGUCGUUAGCAGUAGAGCAUGUAUAAUUCUUUGA